GCUGGCACCGAUCCGACACAGCGGCAUCCCUUUCCCCUCGGAAAAGCGCGUCGGGCUUGUAAUCGCAGAGCGCGCAUACAAAACACCAAAACCACCAAAAGCCACCGCGCAUCUAGAAGCAUACAAAAUAUCCAGAUAGUGGGACUCGUAUUUGGGAUUUGUUAGUUCUCUUGCUCAUGCCACUGCCCCAUGGUUGCCUCAAUGGCAGGAUCAUGAAGUGUUUGACUUUUUUUCUUCUGCUUCCAGAGACCUUAAAGAAGUCCAAAAAGAGUGUGAGGUCAAACGGCAAGGUGCCAGGAUGCUAUGAGAUAGUGCCCCUGUCCCUGAAGAAGAAGAUGGCUGCAGAACUUUACCCUGCCAGCACCAACACCAAUAUCGCAAACAGUAACGCCGCCGCCGCCACCACCGCUGCCAACAGCAAGAAGAACGCCCUGCAGCUCCAGCAGAGCGCCCAGCCGCCCCCGCCGCCCCAGCUCCAAAACCUCAACAACAACAACUUGGAGAGCGCCAACUGGCAGUCCUUCCACCCCACACUGCGGGAGAGGAACGCGCUUAUGUUUAAUAACGAACUCAUGGCUGACGUUCACUUCAUCGUGGGCCCACCAGGGGCAUCCAAGAAAGUUCCUGCCCAUAAGUACGUUUUGGCAGUUGGUAGCUCUGUCUUCUACGCUAUGUUUUAUGGUGAUCUUGCAGAGGUCAAAUCCGAAAUCCAUAUACCAGAUGUGGAACCUGCAGCCUUUCUAAUCCUAUUAAAAUACAUGUAUAGUGAUGAAAUAGACCUGGAAGCUGACACAGUUCUGGCUACGUUGUAUGCUGCCAAGAAGUACAUUGUGCCAGCCCUAGCAAAGGCUUGCGUCAAUUUUCUGGAGACCAGUUUAGAAGCAAAGAACGCUUGUGUCCUGCUGUCUCAGAGCAGGCUCUUUGAGGAGCCGGAGCUGACCCAGCGCUGCUGGGAAGUGAUUGAUGCUCAAGCAGAAAUGGCACUGAAGUCAGAGGGCUUCUGUGAGAUAGAUCAACAAACACUAGAGAUCAUUGUAACCCGGGAGGCACUCAACACCAAGGAAGUAGUAGUUUUCGAGGCUGUUCUCAACUGGGCAGAGGCUGAAUGCAAAAGGCAAGGGCUGCCAGUUACACCACGUAACAAGAGGAAUGUAUUAGGAAAAGCUUUGUACCUGGUGCGGAUCCCAACCAUGACUUUGGAAGAGUUUGCUAAUGGAGCUGCCCAGUCUGACAUCCUCACCCUUGAGGAAACUCACAACAUAUUCCUGUGGUACACAGCUGCAAAUAAACCCAAACUAGAGUUUCCGCUGACAAAAAGAAAAGGACUGGUACCUCAGCGAUGCCAUCGGUUUCAGUCCUCUGCAUACCGCAGCAAUCAGUGGAGGUACCGAGGGCGAUGUGACAGUAUUCAGUUUGCCGUAGACAAACGGAUAUUUAUAGCAGGACUGGGAUUGUAUGGAUCGAGCUGUGGCAAAGCUGAAUACAGUGUCAAAAUUGAACUGAAGCGCUUAGGAGUUGUCCUUGCUCAAAAUCUGACAAAGUUUACCUCUGAUGGCUCCAGUAACACUUUCUCUGUGUGGUUUGAACACCCUGUGCAGGUUGAGCAAGAUACCUUUUAUAACGUAAGUGCUAUUCUGGAUGGUAAUGAACUCAGUUACUUUGGGCAAGAGGGAAUGACUGAAGUGCAGUGCGGGAAAGUGACGUUCCAGUUCCAGUGCUCCUCGGACAGUACUAAUGGUACUGGAGUACAAGGAGGACAAAUACCUGAGCUCAUUUUCUAUGCAUGAUGCAUUUCACCUUGAUUGUAUUCCAGUACUGCAAUGAUGCACAUUAAGGGAUUUCUCUGUUUUACUACAAACUCUGCAGCAGUAUGGAAUGUUAUGCUACUUACCUAUCUGCUACAUCAGCCUAUACAAAUAAGUGAAGGAAUGCUCUUGAAUUUAAUCUUAUUUUAUUUAUUCAUAAGCUAUUUGACUUAAUUAUUAAGACUGCAACAAGCAGAGAAAUGUUAAAUUUUGCACGUACUGUGCAUUUAUUUUGUAUAUAGAUAACUAAUGUGCAGACUGCAGCUGUAAUUAAAUAGAAUGUUCUAAACUAGAGCAGUUUAUGAAUCUGUGAAAUAUAAAACAUUUUUACUUGCCCUAAA